AGGGGCGUGCUCGCUCCCGCAGCCGGCGUCAGGAGGCGAAUGCGGUAACGGAAAACAAGGAUCGGAGGAGAAACGAGGAGGCUGAGUUCUACGAGAGCCCCUUUCCUUACUUUACAACGAAAAAUAAAAAGUAUCUCGUUUUUAUAUGAGCACCGCAUCCCCGACAAGAGACAGUGGAUAUAAAACAGGAUGAAAGGAGGAUCUGAUUGAGUGUCCAUCCGCAGGCCUGUGCUCGCUGUGUGCCGUUUCCUGGAGUGUGAUUUUGGGAGAGCGCGUGGAGCCCCCUGGUUUCCUGUGACCUCCCCCCCCACCCCCCAUUCCCCCCCCCGGAGCCUGCAUCAGACCAGCCGCCGCCUGGGACACGCCCCCCGCCGCGCCCAGCCCCGCCCCCCGCCGCCACCAUGGUGCUCUCCCAGAGACAACGAGACGAGCUAAAUCGAGCGAUAGCCGAUUACCUCCGCUCCAAUGGCUACGAAGAGGCCUACUCCACAUUCAAGAAGGAGGCGGAACUGGAUAUGAAUGAAGAAGUGGAUAAGAAGUACGCCGGCCUUCUGGAGAAGAAGUGGACCUCAGUCAUCAGAUUACAGAAGAAGGUGAUGGAGCUGGAGUCGAAGCUGAACGAGGCGAAGGAGGAGAUGACGCUGGGGGGGCCGAUCGGGCAGAAGCGGGACCCUAAGGAGUGGAUCCCCCGCCCCCCGGAGAAGUACGCCCUCAGCGGCCACCGCACCCCUGUCACACGCGUCAUCUUCCACCCCGUCUUCAGCGUCAUGGUGUCUGCCUCCGAGGACGCCACCAUAAAGGUGUGGGACUAUGAGACGGGGGACUUUGAGCGCACGCUGAAGGGACACACGGACUCUGUCCAGGACAUCUCCUUCGACCAGACCGGCAAGCUGCUGGCCUCCUGCUCCGCCGACAUGACCAUCAAACUCUGGGACUUCCAGGGCUUCGAGUGCAUCCGCACCAUGCACGGACACGACCACAAUGUCUCCUCUGUCUCCAUCAUGCCCAAUGGAGAUCAUAUAGUCUCCGCCUCCAGGGACAAGACCAUCAAGAUGUGGGAGGUGGCCACUGGGUACUGUGUGAAGACGUUUGCGGGGCACAGGGAGUGGGUGCGCAUGGUGCGGCCCAAUCAGGACGGCUCCCUGCUGGCCAGCAGCUCCAACGACCAGACGGUGCGCGUGUGGGCCGUGGCCUCCAAGGAGUGCAAGGCGGAGCUGCGGGAGCACGAGCACGUGGUGGAGUGCGUGGCCUGGGCCCCCGACAGCGCCAAUCAAACCAUCCUGGAGAGCACGGGGUCAGAGGCUAAGAAGAGUGGCAAGCCUGGCCCCUUCCUGCUCUCCGGCUCCAGAGACAAAACCAUCAAGAUGUGGGACGUCAGCACUGGGAUGUGCCUUAUGACCCUGGUGGGUCAUGAUAACUGGGUGCGCGGGGUCAUAGUUCACCCAGGGGGAAAGUUCAUUGUGAGUUGCGCUGAUGACAAGACCCUGCGCAUCUGGGACUACAAGAACAAGCGCUGCAUGAAGACUCUGAGCGCCCACGAACAUUUUGUCACCUCUCUGGAUUUCCACAGGACGGCUCCGUACGUGGUGACUGGGAGCGUAGAUCAAACAGUGAAGGUUUGGGAGUGCCGCUGAUUGUACCAGCAGGGCGACGCCCCUGCCCCCCCCCUCCGCUCCCCCCCACCCCCCCUGGAUGCACUCAGAACCAUGGUUAUAGCCCACCCAGCUCUGUUUGAAUAACUCUUGUCCUUUUAUGUAAAUUAUUCUGGAUGUAGAUUGAGCUCUUAAAUGUUACACAAGAAAAAAAAAGUAUUCUUGCAUGGUGAAUCCAAAAUUGUAUACUGUAAAUUUCCAUAACGUUGUCUAGAAAAAGAAGUACCAUAGGUUUGAGACCACACUGGUUUUUCCACAGAGAGCACACGGCAGAUGUGUGACUGGGUGAUUAAAAGAGUAGGGCACUAAAACUGAUAAUUUAA